ACAGCUACGAGCUCGAGAAUGGAAAGCCCGGCCAUGUUACCUCUACGGCGCUACAGCGGCAAUGUCUCCACUGGUGUUGUCGUUUUGGAGAACCGAAUUCUGGUCGUCAGACGCGAAACUAAGCAGAGCUACCAAGUUCUGUUCGGUUUCCCUCACUGGGCCCGAAAGGGGAUGUGAAUUUUGCGAACAGAAUAGGUUGGCGGGCCUGUCCUCGUGAUCGUCGUAGACGCCUCGGCCUUCCUUGGUUUUACCCACCACACUCGAGGUGCUGCAUCCUUCAUUUGAAGGUGGCAGUAGUAACCAUACUGCAAGGCUUUCAUUCAACUGUCGGGUUUCUUGGGUAUCGUAUACACAUCUUCUAGAAUGAACCAUCCAUAUAGCGGCUCAGCAAGCUAUAUUCAUGCCAAUGUUUAUGACAAGUUCGACGAUAAUGUAUACGGCAAGGCUCCGCUCCCCCCAUUGCGCAGUUUUGCACCGAGGAUGUCUGUCGAUUCAAUACCCUUCCUUUUAUUUGAUCGGGUUGAGAGUAGGAAAGAAAAACCUAGAGUUCGGGGACGAUCACAUAUCCCAAGUCGCUCAGAGUUAGCUCGACGCACCUUGAAUGCUCUAGGGAAGUUAAGAUGUAGGGUCAGCUUGCGGUGGCCGUCCCCACCUCAAGUUUUUCGCCGAUCUCACCAAUCCCACGAAAACAGUUCCGAAUUUUAUAUGUAACCACCUAUGACUAUGCGACGAUCCCAUUUGGUUUUACCUACGCUCAUCUAAUAUCUUUGUUAUUUAUUGGUGUCCUCAAAAGCUAUUCUCUGCUGUAUUUAUCGCUCAUAAUUUAUGUUUAGUACGUUCAUUUUGGACUGGUGCAUGUGUAUUUCACGAAUGGACAACAAUUUAUCAUAUGCAGACUGUUCAUGUCU